CGACCAUGACGACGCCAUCCAAAGCAACUGCGAACGGCAGCACUCCUUCAAUUAUGCGAAGACGUGAGAAACGAAAACAUCAAGCAAAUUCUAUCAUCAGCUUAAGAGAUCCUUUCGACAUUCUCGCUUUAGCAAUUCGGUAUGACGAAAGUCUUCAGGACCCGUCGAUCCUUCGUGCUCCAUUGCAAUCCGCCCGGUUGUUUGAUCCUGAUUUGUUCGCCCACAGCCUCGAGAUUUUGGAGCAAAAGACCAAAGCUCCUACAAAGCUGUCUCUGAAGGACCGGCGGGCAGCCAGGAAGGGACAUAACGACCCCGUGGCGUUGACGCCUGUCAUCCUCGCUGGUUUGCUGAACGCUUUGGAGGAACUUUCUUCGACUACAGAGAAGGCCGUGAUUGCGGAAGCGGACGUAUCGUCCAAGCUGGUACAAUAUUGUCAAGCCAUGCGACGUAGUACCCUCAAAAGACUCGAGCGAAAUCGUUAUCGAAAUCGCGUCCAGCGCAUCGUUUUGCCUUUGGGUAGUGCCGGAAUAUUAUUCUGCGUCUAUCUAUUGAGUGUGACAGCCAUGCGCCAACUAUUGAUUGAAAUGCAUUUCAUCGAUUCGUGCGAAAACAUGGGUGAUUAUGCCGUCGCGUGUCAAUUGGCGGAAGCUGCGUUAUGGGACAAGUAUCGCGACUAUGUUUUAUCGCUAGGAGAAACACCCUGCGGGAUGGAGCAUUCACAGCAGCUACCCUGCAAUCAUGCUCUGCUCCACAAUCGCUACAUGGAAUCUCCGUUUGCACUACAUGCAUUUCUUUCACAAAAUAUUAUAGGCAUGGAAGAAAUUGAAUCAGGGCGAAAACCUCGACCCUCCACACGAGACAGAAAAUCGGGUAUGGAAAAGCAUUCUUUAUCACUAAAUUGGCUUGGUCGGUCAACGGUCAACAGCUUUGUACGAGACACUAUACAUCGGUAUAUGGUGGGGAAGAAGGAGUGGACGAUUCUGGACGCCGGGAGUGGUGUGGGGGGCACGCUCUAUACGCUACUGGAUUCUGUUCAAAACACAAAGUUGACAUAUCACGGCAUUACUGUCAGUGCGGCAGAGAGCUAUUUGGCCCGGCGACUAUUGUUGCACCACAAUUUGGAUCUCCUCAACAUUCGCUUCCAUCAACAGACCUUCGAUGAGCCACUGCCGUCGAAAAGCUACCAUGCAGUUCUAGCGAUUGAAUCGCUUACGUACGCACGAAACUUGACGGCUACGCUACGCAACCUAGUACAAACACUGCAACCAGGCGGAGUCUUGGUUGUCGCCGAUCACGUUGCCUACCAUACGCCGGAUGAAGAACAAGAGAGGGCGGUCCCUAGUUAUCGUCCAUCACUAGUGUCCCAAGAUGUUUGGACACAAGCACUACAAAAUGCAGGUUGUCGAUUGGAUGUACAUCGGGAUUUGAGUAUGGAGUACGACGUAGGUUCGCAUGCACCAGUGGUCACGUCAUGGGACUUGUUUGCCUUGUCGCCCUGUUGGUCGUGGCGAUGGUUUUGGCGAGGCCACGACGCGGCAGCCGAACGCUUACAAAAGUUGCAACUAGAUCGGUUGGCCGUCAAGCAGCAAACAAUAUGGACGUAUAAAGGAUACGAAGAUGCGGCUUUGGGAUACCAUGUAUUUGUAUGCACUAAGCUAAAUUAG